GGUGAUUGAGAGCAGGGGAAACGAAAACACUUCUAGAGAUGCUUUUUAGUCUUGAAUUUGGUUGACUUUGCUGGAUCUUUGCGAAUUGCUAAAACUGGCGCUGGUGGAGUUCGCUUGAUGUAAGAAAAUACAUAAAUAAGAGCUUAAUGAUUCUUGGCAAUGUCAUAAUAAGUUCAAAGCUAAGCGCACAUAUUCUGAAUCGAGAUAGUAAGCUCAUUGGAAUUCUUCAGCCUGCGCUUGGUGGUAAUGCGAAGACUUGCAUUAUAUGCACUAUAGCAACAUCAAAGCUUCUCUUGGUGCAACUGAAAUCACAAUGAGCCUUCUUUCAACUCUAGAUUCACAGUUCUCAAAGAUAAUGGGUUGUCAGAAAGCUGGUAACAACGUAGAGCAUCCUUUAUCUGAUCAAUGGGAAACACUUCGUGUGAGUCUGAAGAAUACAACCUCAUCGUUGGUGUCAUACAUACAAACACCAUGUGAAAUUCUUAACUCCCAAGACAAGGGACAAGAAACAACUGCUUUGGAGGCGGAGAAGCUGAAGUCUGAGCUCCGCAUUGAGGAAAGAUAUAACGACCUGUUGAAAGAGUCAUCUUUGGAUAAACAGCUUCUAGAAGCUUCAAAAGAGAGCCAUGAGAGACUCGAAAAGGAGGUACAAUUCUUAAAGGAAGAAAGAGAUUCAUUAGAUGUAACAGUCUCUCAAUCUUCUCAAUCUACUCACGGGAUGAGAGUGAUUACAUCUGAUAAAGAGAAUGCUCUGAAAGAUCUUCAUGUGGAAUUGAAGAGAAGGGAAUAUAUGGAGAAAGAGAUUAAGCAAAUCAGCUUCGCUUUCUUCUAGCAGGCAGAGAUCUCUUAUGUGUUUUCACGAUGAAACAAAAUCCAAAAUGCAGAAAUUAAUGACGCAGAAUCUAAACUGAAAUAGCAGAAACAGUUUUUUUGUGUUAAAGUUUAAUUUUUUCACUCGAGGUUUAAUGUUUUCACUAUAACAUUAG